CUUUGACUUUCAUUUUCAGCAAUCUAAUGUGCUUAACAGCCCAAAAUUUGUGAAUUCAAAAACAACAAAGAGAUCGGAUUUUCAGAUCGAGGUUAACAGUUGAACAAGGACGAGAUGAAGUUCACCAUAAUUUUAUUUGUAUCUCUGCUUGUCUGUGCUUUUUUGAUUCAUUCAAACGAUUGUGCGAUCAGAAUUUCUCGGAGAAAAUUGAAAUUGCUGAAAAAAUUGGCAGUCAUUCUUUUCCUCGGAAAGAACAGGAAAAUUUAUACUGUGCCGUUUCCUCUUCCAUUACCAUUGCCAGUAAUCAACAAAGUACAACCAAUAAUUUAUCGCCAGCGAGUUCCUUAUCCAGUUGAGGUUCCUGUUCCUGUUCCAUAUGCUGAGCCAGUUCCAUAUCCAGUCGAAGUACCAAUAGAUGAUCAUCCAUAUGAUGAUUAUUCAGAUGAUGAGGCCGAUGCAAUGGAAACCCGUGGAUAUGGUUAUGGUUCCCCAAUUAAUAACAAUAAUAUAAACAGAUAUCAUCAACCACAGUCAAGUAGAGUGAAAAUAUUCACAAAAAGACUACCGAAAAGAUAUGACCAACAAUAUCCAAACCAGUUGAAGAGAUCAUUUUAAAUUGCUGAAAGUAUUUAUUAACUUAUUCAAGCCUCUAUUUAGCUAAAAUUAGUGAUUAUUAGAAACGAUUAAUAGUUGAAAUGAUAGAGCAAAUUGUCGAUGUAAGGAAUGGAUUGCAAUAGCAUGUAAAUUAAACUUAAUUGUUACCUAAAACCUGUUUUUCCGUCAAUAGAUGGAGACUUAAGUUGAGUAAAUCAGCAAUGAGUUUGAAGUUUAAAGCAAUUCUUACAAUUUUUAAUUAUUAAUUUAACUAAAAUGAACUUAGUUUUCUUAUUUUUUAAUACUGUGUAUAUCUAGUGAUUUAAUAAAAUAAUAUGAACUUUCGUCUUUUUCUUGUGUACAAAACCGAUUAAGGUAAGUGAAGUUGUUCAAUAUUGAAGCAUGACUGGACAAUGAAAAAACAGCAAAAAUAAAGUCAAAACAAACUGGAACGAGACAAAAACAAGGAAACGAGAUAAUGCCACGGAAUUUUAACGCAUUGAAAUGAUAUGAAAAUCCAUUUAUUUCCAAUUCAAUUCAAUUCUUCAAAUACUUGAACUUUUCCUUUUUCCUUCAACAAUUGUAGCUGUCUUCAACUCCUUUCAGCUUUAACUGUAUGACUUCGGUUUUCCCUGUGCCUUGUACUAGUAAAUGGUUCUGACCCUGAUGGUCAGAGGGAUGAACCAACAGAUUAAGUGUAUUAUCUGUUUGAAUUCACCCUGAUCGAGUAUUUCUGCUGAGAAAUCGGUAUUUAUUGUCUAGCGCAAACUAUAUUUGUUUAGUUGCCCUUCAACCUUCUACUCUUUUUUACAUUAUUUUGACGCAAUCUAUCUUGUAAUAGCAAUUUAUUUGUAGUAUAUUUAAAAUUUAAAAUAAACAAUGAAUAUUAUUUAUUACAAAAGUCCUGAAGAGCCUUGAUUCUGAUGCACAUCUGAUAAUAAACGUUCAAUCUUAUCAGAACAGUCUGCUACAGUCACACGACUUGUUAUUGACAAGAUGUAAAACCUAGAUUCGAACUUAUCGCAAAUUGAUGAUAAAUCGAUUGGAUCGAAUUAACUCUUAAAAAGCUGACAAUCAAAACAAUCCCUCUAAUUUAUGUUAUCCUGAAACAAUCUGAAGGCAAAAUAAACAUUGAAGAAUGACUUUUCAAACUGUGUUAAUUGGACCCUUAAAAAGUUUGUUUGAUUAAAAAAUUAUACCGGUAAUUGCAAAGAUAAUGCUAAUAAAGAUAUGUUGAAUCAAUUUUAUUUUAAAACGGUGCUUAAAUUGUAUGUAUUUUCUGUAAGAAUAGUGAAGAUGUUAUUCAACGAGAAAUUGCUGUGAGUUUCAUCUUAACACUUUUGUUAUG